UCCUCCUCCCAAGCUCACUCCCAACUGCCUUCAUCCAUGAAAAAAGAAGCUCAUUUUCACAAAAAAGGCCCCAACAAAUAAUGUAUUUACUUUCCCGCCCUACUUUCUUCUCCCCAACAAACUUCUCCUCCGAGUCCCACAAACCCUCCCCUCCUCACCUCUCCGGUUCCAUACGCCGCCCAAUUAUCCCUUCACCCCCACAGCCCCAAGAAAUUACCCAAACCCCCCUCAAGAAAAUUUCAAAAAACCCCCUCAAAGCCCUGCAACCUCGUCAAAAACCCCCGCCAUCGUCAAACCCUCUCUCUGACAAGCUCUUCCUCUCCAGCAAACUCUCUCCACCACCACCUCCUCCUCCUCCUCCCCCCAUUCAACACCCAGAACCCGAACCCGAACCCGAACACGAAUCCAAACCCGACCCGAACCCAACUCCGGCCGCAUCAAAGUUUGUGCAGAAAGAGAAGAUCUAUGUAGGGAACUUGCCCCUAUGGAUCAAAAAGAAAGAGAUUGAAGAGUAUUUCAGGCAAUUUGGGCCUAUCAAGAAUGUGAUUCUUAUCAAGGGGCACGAUGACCCAGAGCGCAAUGUUGGGUUUUGCUUUGUUAUUUUUGGUGGGCCCACGGCCGAGGAGUCCGCGGCCAUGGCGGUGGAGUUCGAUGGUGUCGAAUUCCAUGGAAAAGUGCUGACAAUUAGGUUGGAUGAUGGAGGGAGACAGAGGAAGAGGGAGGAGGAGAGGGAGAGGUUGAGGAAAGGACAAGGGAGGGGUUAUAUGAGUGAAUGGAAGGAGAAUCGAGAAAUUGCCCGCCAGAGGUUUCGAGAGGUGGCUGAGAGUACGCCAGAGAACUGGCAGAAGGUGGUCUCGGAAUUCGAAAAGAUAGCAAAGCCUUCUAGAAGAGAAUUUGGAUUGAUGGUUAAAUAUUAUGCAAGGAGAGGGGACAAACAUCAUGCUCGUGCGACUUUUGAGAACAUGAGAGCAAGAGGAAUAGACCCAAGUUCACAUGUUUUUACUAGCCUUGUUAACGCCUAUGCAGUUGCUAGAGAUAUGCGAGGUGCCUUAUCAUGUAUCGAUGAAAUGAAAAAUGAGGGCAUUGAACUGACUGUGGUGACCUAUAGUGUCCUCAUAAAGGGUUUUGCUAAUAUUAAUGAUGCGAAAUCUGCAGAUAAUUUAUUCAGGGAGGCAAAGCAGAAGCUGCCAUCGCUGAAUGCCAUCAUAUAUGCCAAUAUUAUUUAUGCUCACUGCCAAAGUGGUAACAUGACACGAGCAGAAGAACUGGUUAGGGAAAUGGAAGAAAACGGAAUUGACGCACCUAUUGAUUUAUAUCAUACAAUGAUGGAUGGCUACACAAACAUUCGUGAUGAGGAAAAAUGUUUGAUUGUAUUUGAAAGGCUGAAGGAAUGUGGUUUCAUGCCUUCAGUGAUAAGUUAUGGGUGUCUUAUAAACCUGUACACAAAGAUCGGGAAGGUUUCCAAAGCUGUAGAAAUUAGCACAACAAUGGAAUCAUGUGGCAUCAAACAUAACCACAAAACUUACUCAAUGUUGAUUAAUGGAUUUACACAAUUAAAUGAUUUUGCAAAUGCUUUCAGCAUUUUCGAGGAAAUGCAGAAAGCAGGACUCAAGCCUGACGCUGUCCUCUACAAUAAUAUUAUCGAGGCGUUUUGUAAGAUGGGCAAUGUUGAGCGAGCACGCCAUAUUGUUGACAAGAUGCAGAAAGAGAGACAUAGGCCUUCUUCUCGAACAUUUAGACCAAUAAUAUCUUGCUAUGCUGCAGCUGGAGAUAUGAAAAAAGCUUUCGAAAUUUUUGAUUUAAUGAGACAAAGUGGCUGCACUCCCACUGUAGAGACCUACAAUUCUCUUAUUAAGGGCCUUCGCAAGCAUCAGAUGGACAAGGCUGUUGAGGUCAUUGACAAGAUGAUUUUAGCUGGCAUUGCUCCCAAUGAACACACAUACACAAACAUAAUGCAAGGUUAUGCUGUUGUUGGUGAUACAGGCAAAGCUUUCGAAUAUUAUACUAAAAUCAAAGAAGGAGGCUUGAAGCUUGAUGUAUAUACGUAUGAAGCAUUACUAAAGGCAUGCUGCAAGGCUGGUCGGAUGCAGAUUGCUUUAGCAAUGACAAGGGAAAUGAACAUGCAAAAGAUUCCUAGAAAUACAUUUGUCUAUAACAUUUUAAUUGAUGGUUGGGCUCGGAGAGGAGACAUGUGGGAGGCUGCCGAUUUAAUACAACAAAUGAAGCAAGAUGGAGUUCUUCCCGACAUCCAUACAUACACUUCGUUCAUAAAUGCGUGCUGUCGAGCUGGGGAUAUGCUGAGAGCAACAAAGGCGGUUGAAGAAAUGGAGGCUGCUGGAGUAAAGCCUAACAUUAAAACAUAUACCACAUUAAUGAGAGGCUGGGGCCGCACAUCACUUCCAGAAAAAGCUUUGAGAUGCUUUGAAGAGAUGAAAUUGGCAGGAGUUGAGCCAGAUAAAGCAGCUUAUCAUUGCUUAAUGAACUCUCUUUUAUCAAGGGCAACCGUUGGUGGAGACUACAUAUAUUCUGGAAUUCUAAGUGUCUGCAAAGAAAUGAUUGAAAAUGAACUGACUUUUGAUAUGAGAACAGCAGUUCAUUGGUCAAAGGAUUUAAGGAAAAUCGAGAGAAGUGGUGGAGAACUGACAGAAGCACUGCAGAAGACCUUUCCUCCUGAUUGGAAUUCGCGUGACGUGACUCAAAUAGAUUGUGAUCAAGUCAGCUAUAGUGAUGAUGGUGAUGAUAGUGAUUGGAGUGGUUAUAGUGAAGAUGAAGAAGAUGAUAUAGAAGAAGAAUUUUGAUAAUCUAUGAAUCUAACCACUGAAGAAACUGAGAUUAAGAUGAUGGUGGACCCGGUGCUUGCAGCCAUUAACCAAGCUGACAGCUCAAGCCAAUGGCACUGCAGUCAUGCUUCCACCUCAAAAAGAUCAGCAAUAGGAAUAAGAGAUAUUCAGGGGUGCUGUAUUGUCUCAUUUGAAUGUUGCCUCUUCUCCUGUAAUACUUGCACACUUCCUGUGAGAUUUCGCUAGUAAAUUUGUUUCUUCAUGGUCACUUUUUUGUCAAGGUAGUUGUACAUACUACAUAUAUACAACUGAAGACUCUUGGCCAA